UUUACAUUAUUUAAAAAGAUUGUCUUAUAAAAUGUUAAACGUGCAUCAUUAUGAUAGUCACAUAGAUUAGUAAGCUAAAGUGAUACGAAAGCGAUUUGUUACAACAAUUGUUAGAAAUACUAUACCAUGAGUGACAAUAUAAAAGUAGUUGUCAAAGUUAGACCUCUAAUUUCACGUGAAAUAGAGGAAAAACUAUUUCACCAAUGGCGCGUAAAAGAUAAUUCUAUUUACCUAAUCGAUCAAGGUGGAAGAGAUUGUGGAAAUUUAUUUACCUUUGACAAAGUAUACGAUGAAAAUACAAACACAACCGAUGUUUACAAUGAUAUUGCUAAGCCUAUUGUUGAAGCUGCAACAGCCGGUUUCAAUGGGACAAUUUUUGCUUAUGGUCAAACUUCCUCAGGCAAGACCUAUACCAUGACCGGCACUGACAGUUCACCUGGCCUUAUACCUUUGUCUGUGAUAAAUCUAUUUGAUAUUAUUAAAAACAUAAGUGAUAGACACUUUUUAAUAAGAGUAUCUUAUGUGGAAAUCUAUAAUGAAACAAUCAUAGACUUACUGAAUACAGAGAAGAAAAAUAUAAAAAUUCAAGACACUUUUCAAGGUGUUAAGGUAGAUGCAACAGUAAGGGUGACAACUACGCCAGAGGAAGUUUUCCAAUUUAUGAAAGAAGGCCAAGCUAACCGUCAGACUGGUGCAACAAACAUGAAUGAAGAAAGUAGUAGAUCACAUUCCAUUUUCCAAAUAACUAUAGAAUCACGGGAGCAUACGGAGGGUGAAGAGGUUGGCUGCCUGAACAUCUCUCAGUUGAACUUAGUGGACUUAGCGGGUUCUGAGAGGUCAGGCCAGACAGGGGCCACCGGUAUCCGAUUCAAGGAAGGCACACAUAUCAACAAAUCCCUCUCCUCUCUCGCUCUUGUUAUAAAACAACUCUCCGAAGGACUCAGCAAACAUGUAAACUAUCGGGACAGUAAGCUGACACGAAUCCUACAAAACUCUUUGGGUGGCAACGCAAAGACUAGUAUCAUAUGCGCUGUCACACCCGCCGUUGUUGAAGAAACCAUUUCUACUCUACAAUUUGCGUGUCGAGCUAAAGCAAUAAAGAAUACUCCUCAAGUCAAUGUGGUCGCAACAAACAAUAAAGUUAUGGAAAAUCUAACCAAAGAACUGUCCACUCUGAAAACACAACUAGAGAGUAAGAAAAAUGUUGAAGAAGACAACCAAAAGCUGCAGAAGCAGAUAGCGGUGCUGCAGAGGUUCCUGAGUGGUCUGGUGCAGCGCGGCUCCAGGGCGGAGCUGACGCGACCCGCCCUGCCCUCGCGCCGCGCCACCAUCUCCGCACCCCCCCAGCACGAUGACCACACCCUCAUGCCACCCCCCUCUAUCAAGUUCUGCACGCCCAGUCUCAAAUACAAUCCAAUAGUGUUGGGUCGUUCAAUGGAAACACUAUCGAAACAGAGCACUGGUGGACUGGCCAGUGUACCCGAGGAGCCGCGUUUCGCCACACCCUCACCCUCACCUAUUAACACCGCCACUGAUGAGGUCAUUGAAAUAGACAGUGAUGACGACGCCCCCGCGGACGUGCAGACAUGUUCACCAUAUCACAAAUGUUUUAAGUCAACGAAAACCCCGCCGUGUAUACUCAGGAAGAAUGCACAAGAAGCCGAGAGAAACCUUAGGGAUAUUGUGGAGCUCACGGAACGAGAGAAAAUAUAUAAACCUGAUGUGGUUGAAUUAUUGGAAAAACUAGAAAAUAACUCGACUGUAAUCGCUAAGUUAGAAGAAGAGAUCGCUGCACUAACCUGUAUUAAUAAAGAUAAUGAAUUAAAUGUGGAAAUAUUAAAUGAAAAAAUAAGAAAAAACGAAGCGGAGGUUAGAAGUUUAACUACAGAUAAGCUCCAAUUAGAAGAGCGAUGUAAAGAAUUUGUUACAAAACUCACAGAUUGGGAAGUAACAUAUGAGACCUUAAAGAAAAAAUCCAAGACUAGGGAAGAUGAACUGCUUUCCCGCUUGGAGGAGUAUUCUAAUAUAACGAAACCCGUCAAUAAUUGUAAAUCACCCGAAAUCACUGUACUUAAAGAUAAAACCUUAUCAAUAGUUGAAAGUGACAGCAGUGUAAGUACUGAAAAAUCCACAUGCGAUAGUACAUCUGAAAAUACUCAAUACAUUAUCACAGAUCUUAAAGAACAACUUUCAGUAAGGGAUAAAAAUAUUUCCGAGUUAGAAGCUAAUCUAUUAGAACAGAGCCAAAAAGUAUUUAUUUUAGAAAAUAAAACAGAAGAACUAGAUGGAUUAUUAAAUUCACUAAAGGAAAAGUUAGCAAAUUCCGAAAAAGAGAUAUCUCUUCAUAAAACUACAAUAGAUACAUUGAAUAAUAUAGUUGAAAAUCAAAAGUGUAACCUGGAAACAGCGACGAAGGAUUUAAAGUCUUACAAUGACACAAUUCAAGAACUACGUAACAAAUUAUCUGGAAAACAAGUUGUGCGGUAUGCUCUUGAUGACACUGAAAUAGCACAAUUAAUCGCCAUUGAAGAAACAAGUAUUGCUAAUAAUGAAAAUAUAGCUAAUAUUAUUAAAUCUUUACAAACUGCUCUAGAAACUAAAAGAAACGAAAUAGAACUUCUAAGAUCAAAUGUUCAGAAAAAUGAAGAAAGUGAUGAUUAUACAACUUGUUCAGAAAAACUCGAAUCUGAAGCACAACAAAUUAAAGAAUUAGAAAUAAAAGUAAAAGAAUUAACACAACAGCUACAAGAUAUUCAGACUGAAAAAGAAGAACUAUUACUGGGGAAGACAAAUUUAUUACUUUCAUUGGAAGAUCUGAACAAUGAAUUUGCAGUUUGUGCAAAUAAUAAAAUUGAAUUAGAAAAUAAAAUAAAGAUUUAUGAAACAGACAUAAAAAAUAUAAAAGAAAAAAAUGAAGAAUUACUGAAUAACUUUAAUGAAAAAUCAAACGCCGUAACAGAAUUAACAGCAAAGAACACCGAACUGAUAAAUCAACUCAAAGACUACACUGACAAAAUUACCCACUUGCAAAACGACAUACAACUUAAAGAUGCCGAGAUUGGUUCUAUGCGUGAAUAUAACAAUGAUAAUGUAAAUAAAAUUCAAGCGCUAAUUUUCCAAUUACAUGAUAUUCAGUCCAUUAUGAAAGGUAAAAAUGAAGACUGCCUAACAAAUAAUUCACCUGAUAUUUAUGAAGUGUUAAAUGAGAAAUUAACAGACCUACGUAACAAUACAUCUGCAAUAGUUAGCGAAAGAGACAAUAUUAAAGAGCAAUAUACUAUCUUGUCUACUACAAUAACAAAGACGGGUGAUCAAUUUAUUGCAGCAAUCAAGUCGGCUAUUAAAGACCUUGAAACUAUACAAUUAGGACAAAAACUAUUGAACGAAUCGAAAACCAAUGAAAAUGGAAUUCAUGAAGAACCUAGUUUAGAUAAUGGCGAUAAUGAAGAAUUUAUUAACGUAAUGGAAUUUUCGGAGACUAAAUCUUUGCUAGAAAUAUCUGGAUUGAUCACUCAUAUGAAACGAAAGAUUGAAAAUAUUAAAUUAGAAUCCAAAUCCAGUAUUGAUAAUUUCACACAUUUAUUAGAAACACGGGAUUCAAAGAUAGUUGAACUUGAUCAGAAAAUAAAUGAAUUAAAUGACGAAGUAGACAAAAAAUCUAUACAAGUUAUGUCUGUCGUAGAAGAAUGUAAUACAAAUAAGAAAUAUAAUUACGAAACAGUUGCUGGUAUCGUUGCUACGAUUUUAACAAUGGCUCAAAAGUUAAACAUAGUGCAUAAUGCACCAUGUUUCAAUGAAACUGACGAACCACGAACUUAUUUAAGCAACCACGUUGUGCCUAUACUAGACAAAGUAGUUGAUCUUUUCUUGAUAAAUAAUACCGAAAAAGACAAAAAUGUCAUCCAUGCUAAUAAAGAAUUCGAAUGCUUGGCUGAACAAAACGCAAUAUUAAAUAAAAAAAUAUUACAAAUUGAAGAAAGUAGAAAUGAACUAUCAAAAGAUUUGCAAGAAGAAAGAGAAAAUAAUAAAAGUUUGAUUCAAAAUUUAAGGAAUACCUCGAAUUUACUUAACGAUUUGAAAGAAGAAUUAAAGAUAAAGGUUGAUGAAAUUGAUUCUAUGAAAAACAAAAUGCUUGAUUGGAAAGAUAAAUUCACUAAAAUUGAAUCAAUGAAAAAGGAACAAAAUGAAGUCUACGAAGAAAAUAUGAGAUUGAAAGAAAAAUGUCGUAAUUACGAAUUAAUUCAAAAGGAAUUUGAAAUUAAUUCUGACUCUUUUCUUUUAGAGAUGAAAGAAAAAUGUGUCAAAGGAUCUAUGCAAAACGAUAGAGAGAGAGAUUCCAAAUCUCCGCUAAGUUUGUUGACUCUUAGCUGCAACAGAAUAAUACAAAUUAUACAGGACCGCGAUGACGCCUCGCAGACAGUAACAUCAGUCAGUUCUAAUUCAAAACUUGACGAAAAGAGCUCAGAAUCUUCCUUUACUUGCUAUCAAUGCAAUAAACUAAAAACCGAUUUGGAGUAUGCACAAAAUAAAAACCAUGUCCUGAUAAAUCUCGUAGAAGAAUCAAAAUUGGAGAAGGAAAACUUAAUGCAGGAAAUAAAAGAUGCAUCUGUAGAAAUAAAGUCACUUGUUGAUUAUACAAAUGAUUUACAAAAACGAAUACUUAGUCAUAAAACAAAUCUUUCCACUUUAACUGCAACAACUUAUGCUGAGAACAAGUCUUUAAGUUCUCAGGUGAAAUUCUUACAGCAUCAUCAUACACGAUUCCAUACUGUGUGCCAGAGAGACUUGCCAGAAUUAAAAGAGCAAUUACACGAACUUAUGAAGUUACUUAGAGAAGAAAAUUUAGAAGGGAAGUUGAAUGCUAGCUUUAAAAGAUUCUCUUUACCUAGUCCGUUAGAAAAUAAUUCGAUUCUCUACAGUUUUAAAAAUGAAUCUACAUUAGAUGGUGAUCUUUUAAUGUUAGACACAAAUGUGACUUUAGUAAAUUCGGCCGAUAAUACUCUCACAGGUCAUGACCAAACUUGUUUCGAAGCAGCUGAGGCUUGUUUGUACAACGAUACAGCUUCCCAGACUCCCGCAUGUUAUAUACAUGAAUCGCACGAAUCUUGCACUAAAGACAAUGAAACGAUUCAAUCAUUAAAAUUAGAAAAUCAAAAACUCAAUGACCUGGUUGAAAAAUUAAAGAUAACAAAUGUAGUCAAAGUUGAUGUUGAAACUAGUCCUAUUAAAAGUAACAUUAUUUGUGAUGAUUGUAAACACCAUAAAGAAAAAUGUAAACAAUUAAUUCAAGAAAUCGAAGAAUGCAAACUGAUAUUUACAAAUUUGUCCACUCAGAAAGAUGAUAUUGAGAAAAAAUAUAAUUUAGAAAUUCAAUCCACUGAAGGUUUAAUGAGAAAAUUAAACAAUUUUGAAAAAGAACUGGCUAACAAAAACAAAAGUAUAGAAAAACUUACAACAUCUUUAAAAGAUACAAAAGAAAGACUCAAUAGCGUUCAAGAAGAAAACGAAAAUUUAUCAACAGAAAUUAUAGAAUCUCUUAGUACAGUUGAUAGUCUUAAAAUGGAACUUGAUUCGAUUAAAAAGAAUAAUUUCAGCAAAGCUACUGUUCCUCCUGCGGACAAUGAAGAAAAUGUCAAAAAAAUAGAUAAGGAAUGCCCUGAGUGCCUUAACAAACAGGAAAUUAUAAAAAUUCUUCAAAGCAAAAACUCAAACACGCACACACGAUUGAACAGAAGUUACAGUGACUCUGAUAGCUCGUCCAGAUACAAUAAAAUAUGUACACUACAAAAUGAAAUAGUUGCGGGCCGAGAAGAUUGUAACGAAUUGAAAGAAGAAGUUACUACUAUUAAAAACCAUUUAGAGAUCGGUAAUUUAUCAAUGGGCGAAGCCAUGGAUUUGGAUGAAAGUAUUAGUGAUGUAAACGUCGUUGAAUUAAAUAAAUCUUAUAUGCCAGAAAUAUCUGAAGAGCAAGCUGCAGACAUUUAUAGCCUUGACAAGACGGACUGUUACAAUUAUUACAUUGAACUAAUCGGCGAAGAGAGAACGAAUCUUAGUAGGGACGUGAAAAUUAUUGAUAUCAUGAAAAUGUUGUAUUCUAAAUUGAUGACAAGACACGACAAUCGAAUCGAUAAUUUGCUUAAUAAAAUAAGAGAUUACGAAGCUUUAAAACAUGAAUUGCAAGAAAAGAUAAGCAAUUUAGGCAAAGCUUUAGACGAAAGUAAGAGAAAUACGCAAAAGUUUGAAAGCAAGUUUUCAGUCCUAAUAAACAAUACUAAUAAACUGAGCAACGCCAUUGAAUCUGUUAAAAAUAAUGACAUUAACGUAAUUGAAUUAUUCAAAACGCAAAUUCUAAUGGUUCUUGACACUGAAUUCUCAACGAAAACUCUUCCUGUUUUCGAGGCUAUUUAUAAUAAUAAUUUAACCAGUUUAAAAACAACUGUGGAGGAAUGUGUAAGGCUACAAGAAAAUUCGCAAAAGCUAGAUAACGAACUUAGAAUAUCUCAAAAUGAUUUAAUACAAUUGAAAGAUCAACUUACCGCCAAAGAAAAUGAAUACAAGAUACUUUUAGCUGAAAAAGAAAAAAUCAAUGAAGUUAGUAAUACUUUGAGUCAGGAUUUACAUAAACAGGAGAAAGAUUUAGUAACAGCGGUAACUGAAGGUUAUAUAAAGCUUAUUAGAGAGAAUAUACUAGAAGAAAACUACUUUGAUGUAGCCGUUCCUGCUAUUAAAAAUGUAAAUAUUUUAUUCGACAAAUUAGUUAAUAAAAGUAAAGAAAAACCCCCAUUGGGUGAUGCAAAUCAAAUGGAAGAUCUUAAACAGGAGAUUACAAACUACAAACAUACAAUAGAACAGAAGAAUAAGGAAUUACAAAUUCAAACAGAGCAGUUAGAAACAAUGAAAAAACAAAAUGAAAACAUUGAGAAAGAACUUAAAGAAAACGAAGGUAAAAUUCAAACACAAAAAUCACUUUUUGAUGAUAUAAAUGCAAUUUAUAAUAAGAAAGUGGAAGACUAUGAUAUUCAAGUUACUCUAGUUCAAAAUCUAACAGAGGAAGUUUGUGUAUUAAAAGAAUUUGUUUCAAAUAAAGAAAGAAUAAUUCAAGACUUACAGAGCAAGCUUAAUGACGUAGAAACAGAAUAUAACAACCUUAAGAUUAUAAAUCAAACUUUAAUAAAUGAAAAGGAAUCAAUGGCGGCUAAGUUAGGAAAAGCUGAGAUGGAAAUAGAAAAUAAUAAAAUAGAUUUAAUUAAAAUGGUAUCGGAAAUUAAUACUCUUAAAGAAUCCCUCAUAGAAAACGUCCGUAAUGUGGAUAGUCUUAAAAAUGAGGCGAAAUCUUUAAUGGAACAAAAUGUGCAAUUGAAACAACAAUUUGAUCAAAAAUGCAAAGAUCUGGCACGACUCGAGUUUAAUAUCAAAACGCACGAAACAACGGCCAAGAUACAAACUAAUAUGAUAUCAAGGCUACAGAAACAAAAAGAAGAUGACUUGAAUAUAAUAGCAGAGAAAGAGAAGCAACUAGAAGAACUAAGUGUGAGAUUAAGUUCGCUACAGAAGGAGUGUGUCGGAAUGAAACAUUGUAUUGAAUCAUUGAGACACGAGAAAGACGCAUUAACACAUUUGAAGCUAAGUCUUGAGGAUAAAAUAUGUCAACUGAAGAAGGAAUUAGAAGGUGGACAUAAACCCCGCUUGUCCAUCGAGAGUGUGGUGGAGACUGCGCGCAGACGACGUCAAAGCAUACAGGACUCUAACAGGACAUUUGGCGAUAAACAUCACGAUCAACACAAGUCAGAGACGAUGUUAGAAGAACGGUGUAAAGACGACGACAUGAUGAUGGACGUGGAUGAAUGCAGCUCCAGCCGCAGCACACCACAACGACACAGCAAGGGACGCGACAGCUUGCAAAGAGAAGAGAGUGAUGAAGAACGAGAAGGUCGUAGGUCUGCGGGCGGCGUACGCGCAGCACGACAACGGCGACAGAGCUCACACGACCUACAUCGCCUCGCACUACACAACACGCCCUCGCCUCACGAGACACGCAACAGAUCGAAGAAUGAACACGAUCUAUCAAAUGAUAGUAAUACAAACAGCAGAGUAUCAGAGCUACAAGAUCGACUGACCUCGUGCCAGCAAGAGUUGGAGGAGCUGAAGGAGAGGUACAGGGAGCUGGACGAGGAGUGCGAGACGUGCGCUGAGUACCUGCGGGAGAGGGACGACCAGUGCCGGAAGCUGAAAAAAGAGAAAGCCAGUCUUGAGAACAUUAUAAAGGAGUUAAAUGAGAAAUUGCAGCGCGGACAUGACACGAGCCGUGGCGGUACGAAAGUUAGUUACGAGCACGCGGCUGUCAACACAGACGAAGAUUGGGCUAAUCUACAUUCAGUGGUAGUAGAUCGUAUGUCAUUCGAUGCUGAAGUAGAGAAGAACAAGAGAUUGACAAAAAUCAUAGAAGAUUUACGUAUGAACAAGCAAGAGUUGAAAGCGGUCAUGGCAAAAAUGCAGCGAGCGCUAGAAGAGAAGACAGGCAAGGAUGGUAGAGAACUAGAAAGAACAAGACUAGAAUUACGAUCUUGUAAAGAAGAAUUAGAAGAACUUAGGAGAAGGAAUGUCGAACUCGAUGAGGAGUGUGAGACUUGUGCGCAAUAUUUGAAGGAAAAAGAAGAACAGUGUAGAAGUUUAAAGGAAUCUAUUGCAGCGUUAGAGGGCAAGUUGUCGGAGCAGCAGGUGAGCGGGCGCGGUGCAGCAACUAGUGUGCGCCGGCGACGCCAGUCGCUGCACGACCACAAUCGCGACACCAGCUGCUGUGACGCCACCACACAGAUCACCGAAGAUUUCCUCAGUUCUCAAGUGGAACGCGACCUGACGAAGCCGGUCCCUGAUGACAUACAUAACAAACAGAUCAAGCGACUCAAAAUGGCGGUUGAAAAGCUGUCUAAGGAGAAAAACGCACUGGAACAGCAGCUGGUGUCUGCCGCGACAGCCCCCGUAUACGUCGCCACGGGUAGUGCUAUCGUGCAGGAUCAGCAAUUUACUGAUGUCAUGAAGGAGAACCAGAAACUGAAGAAGACGAAUGCGGCUCUCAUAGCGCUCUGUAAGAAGAGAGAGAAAAAAGGAACAGUCAAAUCUAAUAGAGAGAAUCAGAAUCCCACGGAAGAGAUCUGAAAUUAUUACACCUGAUUAUAAAUAAAACAUACUCAUUUUUUUAAACAUUAAUUUCGCUUAUUUGACUAGAGUUAGAAGCUGGACUUUAUUUUUCUAUAACAAUUUUUAUUUUAAUGUUUUUUUAUUCUCUUUGUAACUAAAU